CAUCUCCACUCUCCACCCCACUAUAAGAACCGCAUGGAGGGGAGGAGGAAUUGCGUCUGAUCCAAGUCUAGUCGUCGAAUUCUUUUUCCUGGUUUGGUCCGGUUGUAACGAGAUUUCUGGUUUUCCGGCGAAGACAAUAAAAGCGUUAGGGUUCCGAUCAAUGGCGGCCGUCAGGGAAGAUAAGGAGCGCAAGAUCGUGGUAGCAGUGGACGAAGGAGAGGAGAGCAUGUACGCGCUCUCCUGGUGUCUCAACAAUGUAAUAUGCGACAAUUCCAAACACACCCUCAUCCUCCUCUAUGUCAAACCUCCGCGCGUCCUCUACACAGCUCUAGACGGAACGGGGUAUUUGUUUUCGUCUGACAUAAUCGCGACCAUGGAGAAAUACAGCAAGGAUGUGGCUGAUUGUGUGAUAGAGAAGGCGAAGAAGCUCUGCAGUGAAACUGAAAAUGAUCUCCAAAAUGUUAAGGUGGAGACGAAGGUGGAGAGCGGAGAUCCAAGGGAUGUAAUAUGCGAGAUGGCGGAGAAGCUCUCUGCUGAUAUGUUGGUCAUGGGAAACCAUGGCUACGGCUUAAUCAAGAGGGCUUUUCUUGGGAGUGUGAGUAAUCACUGCGCACAGAACGUCAAAUGUCCUGUUUUAAUAGUGAAAAGGCCCAAAUCUACGGCUGGGAAUAAUAGUUAAACAUCUGACUGAUUCUGCGCCGUUUGAUCUUUGCUUGUCUAUGUAAUCUGUACUUUUUUUUAAUGUGUAUCUAUGUAAUCUGCGUCGUUUGAUCUUUGCUUGUUAUCACCAACAAGGCAACAAGAAACAGGGAACUUGCCUCAAGUUUCGCAAGAUCCUGAGGGUCCAAAUUACAGUCCGUGAGGACAUGGAGAACGAUGGAGGGGUUAGCUGCCAAGGGGAAUUCUCUGGUGUGGAUUCUCCGAAACAAUGGCGUUGUUGUCGUUGACAUGUUGGUAAAGGAGGGACAACAAGAGCAGCUACAGGUGGGUUGACGAUGUUAUGGAAAUGCAUCGAAGGGGCUCCACUCGCUGUGGCGUCCAUGGGAACUGCCAAAGCUCGCAGUGCCCGAGCUUGGCCGAGAAGAAGAAGAUGAAGAUCUCAACUGUUGGAAAUUUCUCAAACAGAAUUCUAUUUCGACACUACUCUUUCUUCCAACAGGAUUAAACCAUCAGGUUCCUUGUUUUUGUUAUAUAUAGUUAACGCCUUAGGCAGAAGUAUCCACACUAUGUACUAGGUUGAUCAAUUAACUUCCAUUGAUCCAUUCUCAAACCUAGAUGUAUAAAAUCAAGAGCAAUGGUGUCACAGACCGUCUACAACAGCCAAAGAACGGGAAAAGAAAAGAAAAUGAGAAUAAGGAAAAGUUAAAGAGAAAAAGAUUGAAAUGAAUCGAUCGGCAUCGCCAUUAACAUUGCAAAAAUUAAUCCAACUAAGCUGUAAAACAUUUCCAUUUUGAGCAAAUCAUAAUAAAACUCCGUCAGAUGUUAGACUAACAAAAGACCCAGCUAGAAGGAAAAGAAAAUCCAGAGCCAAUUCACAAGCACGGAGCGGAGCGACGGAGAAAUGAAAACGACCGGCGCUGCUUCUGGGUUCGAACGGGGAAGAAGAAGAACGGAAGGGAGUGGCUGAGAGGGGGUGCCGCCGCCGCUGCUCUGCUUCUGGUUUCGAACGGGGAAGGGGAGGUACUAGACGAUGAACGGAAGAAGAAGAAAGGAGAGAGGGAGGAAGGGAGUGGCUGAGAGGGGCUGCCGCCGCCGCUGUUCUGCUUCUGGGUUCGAACGGGGAAGAAGAUGAACGGAAGGGAGUGGCCGAGAGUGUUGAGUUGGUUUGUUACUGCUUAGUCCAAUAAAUCCCUAUUAUUAAGGGUGUCAUUAUUUGUUUGUUUUAGUCUUAAUGUUUCUACGCUAUUAUUAAGGGUGUCAUUAUUUGUUUGCGUUAGACAUGGAUUGCUUAAUUCUUGUUCAGUUUGUUAUGUAAGGUUAUUUAAAUGUUGUUCUCGGUUUGUAUUAGAUAA